UUUUAUCACUUUCAAGUAUUUAUUUUUUUUACGAUUGGUUAUAAUGACUGAGCCGGAGAUUGUUGAAGAUUUUUUCGGUGUUUACUUAUUAUAUUGUAUUAAUCCUAAAUAUAAAGGUAAGACAUAUAUAGGGUACACAAGAGAUCCAAAUAGAAGAAUUAAGCAACAUAAUAGAGGUACAUGGGCGGGAGGUGCUUAUCGGACUAGUAAUAAAGGACCUUGGAAGAUGGUAAUGAUCGUGCACGGUUUUCCAAACAAUAUUUCAGCGUUACGAUUUGAGUGGGCUUGGCAGAAUCCUAAUAAAACAACAAGACUGCAGUAUUUAAAUUUAAGAAAAAUACCACGAAAAGAAUCAGAAUAUAAGUUUAAGAUUCGUGUUCUAUCAGAAAUGCUUCGUGUGGGUCCGUGGCAUCGAUUGCCGCUGGUAGUGAGGUGGCUAGAGCAAGAUUAUUACGAAGAAUUUCCAACCGAUAAAAAACCACCGUCGCAUAUGAUAUUAACAAAUGGUCCAGUUCGAGCUAAGCUAUUAAAAAAAUCAGUCGAAAAUGUAGCAACACCAAAUAUAAAAUGUUCGCUUUGUUCUCUUAAUUUAAAUUCAAACCAACUGACAUGUUUGAAUACAAACUGCGAACUGGUAACACACAUAACUUGUUUGGCGGAUAUUUUUUUGUCGCCUGGUGAAUUUAUUCCAAUCGAGGGCGACUGUCCCUUUUGCGGUAUUAAAUUGAAAUGGGGAGAUUUGAUAAGGAAAUUGAAAGGUUGUUCACAUUGCACUGACUUACCAGAUGCAAUGGAUGAUGAACGGGAAGAAAAUAGUGAUGAUGAUGUUAUAUGCACUCAAGACAGAGAAUUCGUGAAUACUGAAUCUUGGCUACUUGAUGAUGAAGAUUUAUGAUGAAAUAUAUAUUUUUUACUAACAUG